GCACGCGCGGAGACGGGAAGCAGAGGCAGGCGGGGGCGCUCGCGCACGGACAAACGCGCACGCGCGCGCGCACACACACACAGAGAAAAAUCGAACGGUGGCGAAGAAGCCAACGUGAGUGAUGCACUCGUGAACGCCGUGGAACCGAACACGCAAACCGGGGGGGGAAGCGGACGACUCGGAACCGUCGUUUGGACGCGGGAACGAGUUCCGUGAAUUGAGCGUUUAAGCGGCGGGAGAUUAAUCCUUCGAGGCGGAGGGGGGAGCGACAGCCCAUAGACUGGGGGCCGGAGACUGGAGCGCCAAACCCGGAUGGCUAGGCGCGGCUGCUCCCGCUCUCCCCCACCCUGAGCCCGAGUGAGGCACACCGUGGACGUGUGGUGUGUAUGUACGUAUGUCGGGGUGGCGGUGGGGGGGCCGCAGUAGAAGAAGACAGCUCACGGGAGGCUGCUCGUCGGCGUCCCGGGUUUGAGAUCUUCAGCCCUGUUUCCGCUUGUGCCCAAGCAUAAACAAUCCAGGAGUAGGACGUCUUCUUUCUCGUCAUCCUCAGACCAGAAUAUGUCUGCAGAGUCCAGGCGUCAUUAUGGGAUGUAGCCCCACUGUGGUGUGACCGCCCCCCCCACCCCUCUCCCCCGUUUCCCCACUCCACUCACUGGAAGGAAACUGCUUGGAAAAGGCAGACGACCCCCAAACAGAAAGCUCAAGGAAGGAAGGAAGUCUCAAACAUGCCGGUGUUCAGCGGCCUCCUGAAGGUGCGAGUGUGCGAGGCGGUGGACCUCAAGCCCACCCCAUGGGCGCUGCGUCACGCCGUGGGUAAGAGCGGCUCCUUCCUGCUGGACCCCUACCUGGCACUCAACCUAGACCAGACUCGCCUGGGCCAGACGGUCACGCGCACCAAGACCAACAGCCCCGCCUGGCAUCAGGAGUUCUGCACCGAGGUGCGCGAGGGCCGUAGCCUGGAGCUGUCCGUGUUCCACGACGCGCCCAUCGGCUACGACGACUUUGUGGCCAACUGCACCAUCCAGCUGGAGGACCUGCUGCAGAACGGGACGAGGCACUACGAGGAUUGGAUCGACUUGGAGCCGGAGGGGAAGGUGUACGUGGUCAUUGACCUGUCUGGAUCUUCCACUGAGGCCUCGGGAGCCAACGACAAUGAGGAGCGCGUUUUCCGAGAGCGGAUCGGCCCGCGGCGCCGCCAGGGUGCGGUGCGCCGGCGCGUCCAUCAAGUUAACGGACACAAGUUCAUGGCCACCUACCUGCGGCAGCCCACCUACUGCUCGCACUGCAGAGACUUUAUCUGGGGCGUCCUGGGGAAGCAAGGAUACCAGUGUCAAGUCUGCACGUGCGUGGUCCAUAAGCGCUGCCACGAGCUCAUCAUCACCAAGUGUGCCGGCAUGAAGAAGCAGGAGGACACCCCGGAGGAGGUGGGCUCGCAGCGCUUCAGCGUCAACAUGCCGCACAAGUUCAGCAUCCACAACUACAAGGUGCCCACCUUCUGCGACCACUGCGGCUCACUAUUGUGGGGCCUCCUGAGGCAGGGCCUGCAAUGCAAGGUGUGUAAGAUGAACGUGCAUCGGCGUUGCGAGAAGAACGUGGCCCCCAAUUGCGGCGUGGACGCCCGAGGCAUCGCCAAGGUCCUGUCCGACCUGGGAGUCACGCCCGACAAGAUCUCCAACACGGCUCAGCGUCGCAGGAAGUUGACGCCCGGGCAUGACACUCCCCAAUCUCCUCCGGAGCUUUCGCAGACGGAGAACAGCUUCAGCCAGCCGGCUAUCCCCACCUCGCCGUCCCAGCAGGAUUUGGCGGAGUCGGAUCGGCUACAGGACACGCUGUCACUGGACCAGCAGGGACCCCAGCACUCCUCCUCGUCCUCCUUGUCCUCCUCCGCCACCUCCACCACCUCGUUGUCCACCGCCUCGUCGUUGGGCGGCCGCGAGAACGGACAGAGCCAGAGGAAGACCCUCAAGGACUUCAACUUGAUCAAGGUUCUCGGCAAAGGCAGCUUCGGCAAGGUGAUGCUGGCGGAGCUGAAGGGGACGGAGGAGGUGUACGCCGUCAAGGUUCUGAAGAAGGACGUGAUCCUGCAGGACGAUGACGUGGACUGCACCAUGACGGAGAAGCGCAUCCUGGCUCUGGCCCGUCGACACCCCUACCUCACCCAGCUCUACUGCUGCUUCCAGACCCGAGACCGCUUGUUCUUUGUCAUGGAGUACGUGAACGGCGGCGACCUGAUGUUCCAGAUUCAGCGCUCGCGCAAGUUCGACGAGCCACGCUCGCGAUUCUACGCCGCCGAAGUCACGUCGGCGCUCAUGUUCCUGCACCGCAACGGCGUCAUCUACAGGGACUUGAAGCUGGACAACAUCCUGCUGGACGCCGAGGGCCACUGCAAGCUGGCCGACUUCGGCAUGUGCAAGGAGGGCAUCAUGAACGGCGUGACCACCACCACCUUCUGCGGCACGCCCGACUACAUCGCCCCUGAGAUCCUGCAGGAGCUGGAGUACGGAGCUUCGGUGGACUGGUGGGCGCUGGGGGUCCUGAUGUACGAGAUGAUGGCGGGCCAGCCGCCGUUCGAAGCUGACAACGAGGACGACCUGUUCGAGUCCAUCUUGCACGACGACGUCCUCUACCCCGUGUGGCUCAGCAAGGAGGCAGUCUCCAUCCUGCGAGCGUUCAUGACCAAGAAUCCGGCCAAGCGUCUGGGUUGCGUGGUGAGCCAAGGCUGCGAGGAGGCCAUCAAGACGCACCCCUUCUUCCGUGAGAUCGACUGGCUGCUGCUGGAGCAGAGGAAAGUGCGACCCCCCUUCAAGCCGCGCAUUAAAACCAAGCGCGACGUGAACAACUUUGACCAGGACUUCACCAAGGAGGACCCCGUGCUCACGCCCACUGACGAGGCCAUCAUCCGGCAGAUCAACCAGGAGGAGUUCAAGGACUUCUCCUACUGUGCCCCUGAUGAGACUCACACAUAAACACACACCUUUUGGCGCCGUGGUUACUUUACAUGCGUUGUCGUCGUCGUUCUUGUCGUUGCCUGGAUUUUAUGAUAAAUAUGCACAUCCGCUUGAAAACACUUUGCCACACAUACACAAAUACACACACUUUAGACGGCUUCUUCCUCCCUGCAGAGCACCUGUAUACUGUACAUAUAAAUCCAGAUAUUAGCCUGUGUCGCGUAUCGUGUCGCUGUCGUCCGCAAGCUUGUUGCGCAUGGACAAGCACCCCCCUGAAAGACCCCCAGUGUCUUUUAACGGCCCUCAUUAGGGACCCGACUCCCCUCCGUUUUGUGCAAUAUAACCCUCUCUCAUAUCUUUCUAUAUGAUAUAUUUUAUGGCUUUUUUUUUUUUUUGUAAUCAUUCCCGAUUGGUCUGAAUGACGCUUGUGUCCAUCCAAUGAAUGUGCAGCUUACUCACAGGCUAUUGAACUAAUUACAACGAGCCGCCGUUUUGUCCCGAAUGUACAUUUUGGCUCGUGCGCGUGCGUGCCUGUGUGUGUGUGUGUGUGUGUGAGCGUUUCCACAGUUACCAGCAGUGUUCCCCCGCUUCCCCUUGCAGCCAAACUGCUUGCUUUACUUUUUCUUUUUGAAAUUCUAAUUAUUAUUAUUAUUAUUGUAAAGUGUAUUAUCCGAGCGACAUGUUUGUGUAUAUUACUCUUAACUAUACUAUAGUAGGUCUGUUACAGCCUGAGUGAAAGGACCAGCAGUUGAAUUACCUCACAUUUCCACCACCACCGAUACAGUGGCGCAACUAAUGCGCAUGCCAGAAAGUCGCCACUGUACUCAUCCACACUCAAAACACAUAUUUACACAAGGACUGUUGUUGCGUGCACUGUAAUUGGGAGCGGGGGCAACGUUGGGAGGGUUUGGGGGGGGGCGUGUGUGUGUGUGCGCGUGUGUGUGUGCAUCUAGUGAAGCUUCGCGCAAUCCAGGGAUUAGCCUGAUCCCGGUCACACUAUCUUACAUUGUGCCAAAAAGAAAAUACCGAAAACAAACCAAUGUAGUGCGAUGGCAGCCAGGCCCUGUCGUCUGUCUGCUGUCCGUCUGUCUGCUGUCCGUCUGUCUGCUCUGACUCCAAUAAAAUGACAAGAA